AUGACCAUCACAAUCACCGUCGUAUUCCCCAGCGACGACGAUGCCCAGUACGACAUCGAGUACUACGUCACCAAACACAUGCCCCUGAUCCAGGAGAGAUGGGGUAAGUACGGCGUCAAGUCUUGGUCCGUAACGAAAUUCCAGCCUGGAGCAGAUGGAGCCAAGCCGUUGUACGCAUUCGGUUCGGUCGUGUACUGGGACAACCUGGAGCAGAUCAAGACGGCUUUUGGAGGCCCGGAGGUUGGGGAGAUCAUGGGCGACGUUUCCAACUUCUCGAACAAGGAGCCUAUCUUCCUCACCGGCGAGAUUUUGCAUGAAUAA